AUGGUCCGCUCAAACAUCAUCGGCCGCCUGCUGGCCGCCUUCUUCCUGGCCUCCGGCGUAGCCGCUCAUGCGGAGGGAUGCAGCUGCCACGAUGACGGUGUUGUGCGCGUCACUUACAUCGUCGUCGAGAUGCCCGAGCAAGAGCCCGAGAACUUCCCGGUGUACUCUACUCUUCCCCCCUCCACCACCCUCCAGACCAUAGCCACACCUGUACCAACUGGAAAGGUGACUGCCCAAGCCGCCCAUGUUAUCGAAGACAUCCCGGCCUACGAGCCCGUCGCCGCGAAGCCCGAGACUCUCCGGCCCGCCGAAAACACCACACACACCUUCGGUCCCACCAUCGCGCCGGGCAUCGACACAAAGGACCCCGUCAACAUCGUCCCGGCCAAAAAUAUCUCGCUCUACUACUCUGCCACCGAGACCGAGGAGCAGGGCUCCAUCAACAUGACCCUCGCCCUCAACAACCCUGCCGUGGUCCUGGAGCAGGUCGACGCCGUAAAGAGCGUCGUCUGCGACGACAACGAGCUCACUAUUUCUUUUUCUGGCUCUGGGGCUUUCGACCAGGCGGUCAAGGACUGGUCCGAGUCUGAAGAGGGUUUCAUUCUCAUCACGAAUCAUAUGGGCAACUGUGACGCCGAGUUUGAACGCGGCUUCUUCAUGGCCACGGGCCUCACGCCGAGCAGGGAUGACCUCUCCAUCACCGUCGCCUCCUCCAAGGAGGAGCUGACUAACAUUGCCGGCCAAUGCGAGAUGUCCUUCUCCUCCCUGCCCGCGACCACAAUCUCCAAACGCCUGACCCUAGAUCCGAGCGUCUCUAUCUCCUUCUCCGAGGGUCUCGCCGAUAACACCGUCCUCUUCAGCGACGGCCAGUACAUCAACGUGACCGCCGACGAGGCAUGGUUCUCCUCCACCAUUACCUUUUCAGGCUACCUCAAGUACAACUUCUGGGGUUUCAAGCUCGAGGCGCUUUACUUCGACCUGGACACCACCUUCGACUCCGCCGUGGGCCUCUCCGUCGAUGUUGCCGCCGCGUACAGCCACCAGCUCAAGUACGCCCCAGACGAGCUCGCCUACUCCCUCGUCUCAGUUCCAGGAGUCGUCCAGCUCGGCCCGGGGGUCGCCUUCGCCGUCGGCCUCGACUUCGAUGUUUCUGCGGCCGUGGGUGUCACUGCCGGGUUGAGCGUCAACCUCCCCGAUGGCAACGUCCACCUCGACCUUCUCGACAGCAGCAAGUCCAGCGCCACGGGCUGGGAGCCCAAGUACAGCAGCUACGCCAACAUCACCGAGGCCGCGGACGUGCGUGUCGAUGCCUCGGCGGACGUGACUGUGGAGCUGGCCAUCAAGCUGCUCGGUGGCCUCGUCGACCUCAGCUCUGGUUUGACUGCUACCCCAGGCUUCGACAACCACUUCAAGCUGCGCGGUGAGCAGAAUCUGGGUGUGGCGGGCAACUUCACCACAGCGCCCGUAGCUAGCGCCGAGGUCCCCUCGGACGGGCUCAUCUGCGCCGAGAAGAAUGGUGUCGAGCUUGCCACCGAUUUCUAUUUCAAUCUCACAGCGUUCGCGACAAAGUUCUGGAGUGCAGAGUUGUACCACACCCGCGUGCCACUUUGGGAUCUCUGCUACAGCUUCUAA